CUUUCCGUUUCCUGUGAACUGGGAGCCCAGACAAGUGAAGGUCAGGAACUGCGGUUUGGUAAUCGGCACGUUUUUUUUUUUUCGUUUUUUUUUUUUUUUUUUUUUUUUUUAAGGAACCGGCUUGACUUGACGCUUUCUCGUAAAAAAAAUAAUAAAUAAAUAAAAAGAAAGACGCCACAUGCGCGGAUGGACACGCAAGGAGUGACUGCAGACCCUCAACUCCAGCAGUUUAUCGAGGUGGAGUCCCAGAAAGAGAGGUUUCAGCAACUCGUGCACCAAAUGACAGACGUCUGUUGGGAGAAGUGUAUGGACAAACCUGGACCCAAGCUGGACUCCCGGACAGAGACGUGCUUCGUAAACUGUGUGGAGCGGUUCAUUGACACAAGCCAGUUCAUUCUGAACCGACUGGAGCAGACGCAGAGGGGCAGGGGGUCUUUAUCGGAGAGCAUGUCUGAUUAAGAUACCUGCCCCGCAGCAUGGGCAUAGACAUUCCCUAACACUUCAGCCAGGCUGCAGUAUGCAUGUGGGAGGCACAGACCUUUAUCAAGUGGACAUUUGAUGAUUAAAGAAGAAGGUUUUGCCACCUUGUGCCUCAACAUAACGUUACCAUUAUGCUACAGGGGUGAUUUUAUCUUGUCCCUAUCCCCACCCAAGCUGAUUCUAAGGGAUGUCGAUAUGCAAGAUAUGCAAGAUUUCAGUGUCUGUUCAAAAUGUCAGAGUUGUCGUUUUUGGAAAAUGUUUGGGGGUCACAUUGAGGUUGAACCCUUUUAGUGAGAAAUCUAUAGAAGUCAAAGCUUGCCUGUAUAUUAGAGCUUUGGUUUACUUUCAUCAUGUAUAAUUUGUUCAUGUAUUUAUUCCUUGGGGAGAAUUAGCAUUAACCUAUGGAAAGAUCAUUUGCUUAUAACACCAAGAAUAACACAGUGUAAUAACACUAUCUUCCUGGAUGAAGACACUAGCUUCCUGAAUAACUUAUUGAUGUGAAAUCAUUGAUUUUAAAGUUAUGUUGGGUUACCAGCGCUGUACUUCCACAAAAUGAUUCCAGUGCCUGGUUAUUGACUAAGACAUGCUUGCAGAUUUGAUCAUGGCCUUCCCCCAAACUGAAUGGACAAAGUUUGUUUUAUUUGUUUUCAUAAAAUUAGGAACUGCUGUGAUUCAAAUUGAAAAUACAGAAAACUGAACUAA